GAAAGUGGGCGCCUUGCCCAGCCAGCGAAAACUUUCUUAGCGCCUCCUGCUUGUGUCAGGGCGUCGGGCUCGCUCCGCUCCCGCUCGCUCUCUCCUCACCCUCCCUUUUCCGUCCUUUCUUUGGCCGUCCUUUUCUUCGGCUGGCAGCUGAGCGCCCGGCUCUGGCAUGCACAGCGCUCGCCUCGACGCCUUCGUGAGCCACCUCCGCGCAGAAGUGCUGUGCAUGAAGGAGUCGAGUGAAGUGCUGCGCGACCAAAUGCAGUGCAUGAUGCGAACCCUCCACGAUCUGAAGAGGACACACGACCGAGAGUUCCACCUGGACCCCCAGGAGGUGCGACCUGCCUGCACUGUGCCCCCCCUAAAGCAGUGCACCAGUCCACGGGGGUCUGCGAUUUCGGAAGCAGACUCCGCCUGUUGCCUGGAGGGCGCUGCAGAGGACGAGGCUGCCUUCUCUCCUCCCAGCAGUGAGCGGAGCCUGGAGUUUGAUUCGGGCUACUCCGAAGUGUCUGGGAGCAGCUGGCGAGAUGAGGAGGGCCCCCUGCCACCGCGACCCAGUAAGCUUUCCUCAGGGGGGUUUCUGCGCCGCCGAGUGCCCGCCAGGAGGCCCCGCCCCAAGUCUGCUUCUGAUGCCUGCUUGGAGAGGUGGCGGGAUGCUGAGCCAGCAGAUGCAGGCGACUGGACGGUGUCCCUCUUGUCGCAGAGCCGCAACCGGCAGCCGCUGGUGCUGGGGGACAACUGCUUUGCUGACUUGGUUGAGAACUGGAUGGACCUGCCUGAGGAGAGUGGGGAACGCGGCAGGCUGCAGCGCUGGCUGGCAAAACCCCACGGCUUCCUGCUGAACCUUUCGGGCAACGUGCGCAGAAGGCUGGCUGGCAUUUCGCGCACAGAGCGCGCCAAGCAGGACCCCGAUAGCACCAAGCGUUUCUCUUGCCCUGCGGGCCUGGGCGGCCGGCCCUCAUUACCCUAUUUCCAUCAGUCCCAUGCCAACAUCAGCGAGCUUUCCACAGACUGUAGCAGCUUUGCUGCCCUCAUGAACUGCCGAAGUCGGCAGCCCAUCAUUUGCAAUGACGUGAUUGGCUACAUCUAGCUCCACCAUUUUUCUGUGCUCUUUUUCUAAACAGAUCUCUAUUUUUAUGGUUGUCUGUAAAUAAAUGUCUUUUUUUCUAUA